AGAAACCAACGAAAGUGAAAACUUUAUUCCUUGACCUGGGUUUUGUAAAGAACUGUAGGAAUAAAUAUAACUCGAGCUUUAACAGUUAGAAGACUGCCGACAGUUAGAAGAAUGAAAGCGCGAUUCGUUUACAGUCCCCUGAUGCAAAAAUGGGCGGGGUUUGUUUUCAAACCAUACAGGCGAGAAAGCAGCUGAAAAAUGGCGGCGGCGGGGUGCGCCGGGUCUGUCAGCGGACUGGGACAGCAGGCUAAAGCGAGGCCUGGAGCCGUUUCUAAUCACCGUCAUGUGCGCUGUCUUACUCUGGAGGAAGCUCGGUGUCCGGUUUGCUUGGAGAUACUGCUGGAGCCCGUGACUAUGCCGUGUAGACACUCGGUUUGCCUCCACUGUUUUAAGCGGACGGUGGAGUGUAGCGGGCUGUGCUGCCCGUCGUGCCGGCUGCGCGUGUCCAGCUGGGCCCGAAAUAAACAGUCCCGGGAGAAAAGCCUCGUCAACACCGAGCUGUGGGACAUGGUGCGCCAAAGCUAUCCGGAAAGAUGCGGCCGUAGAUUAGAGCAGAGGGACCGAGUGAUGGCUUCGGAAGAUGUUUUCUGUUCACCUAUACAGAUAUGUAAGCCUGGAGAUAUGCGGCAUGAGUAUGAGAAACAAAAGAAUAAGAUGAUGAUGGAUGAAGAAACUGAAGAGAGAAUGAAAAAAUUACCCUGCCGUAAGAAAGGGGAAAGUGGACAUCAGCAUUCUCAGGAUACUUCUUUAGGAGUGCUGUCAGACUCUGAGAAUGAAGAACCUAUGAGAUUGAGAACCAGGCAUGCAUCGGCAUUUGUGCGCAGAUCAAGGAUUUCCCCAGCUUUAUGCAGAAGUCUGUACAUAAGUGUACAAAGGAGCCAAAGCUGUACUGACUCUGAGGAAGGAAGAAGAAAAGUCAGAGCUCAGUCACACCUUUCUUUACCAGAAAAAGCCAGUAUCUCUCAUAGUUUCAAUGCUGGAAUACUCCUAUCCUCUGAGAACAGUCGUUCCUUCUCAGCACCGGUUCUUCCCCUUGACAAGAGGCAUCACUGGCGUUCCAUCUUGGCCUCUCCUCCUUCCUCUUUAGUGCCUCACACUAAACCCGAGCGGUCCGUCAGCCCAGAGAGCAACGACAGCAUCUCAGAAGAGCUGAACCACUUCAAGCCUAUAGUUUGCUCACCAUGCACACCACCGAAGAGACUCCCAGAUGGCCGGUUAAUGGAACCCACCAUAGUAAAGUCCACGCCCAGGAACCUGACCCACAGCCUACACAAAAGCACCAGCUAUGAAGCCAGUCCUAGCAUCCUGCAGAAGUGGAAGCAGGUUGAGCUAGAUCGGCAGCGCGUUAAGUUCUUGUCCAAAGGAACCAUUACCAGUCCAGUGGUAGAUGAUUGCAACAUUACACAGAGCUCUCAAGAAGACCAAGAGAACAAAUCCUGUAACUGUGGCCCCAUGGAAAAAGGCUUGCAGGGUCAACAUUGCACUUGUACUGCAAAUACAAACUUGUCUAGAAAGCAGAGAGAAAAGUCUUUGCUGUGCAAUAAGCGGCAGUUGAUUUUUGAUCAGUGUAGCAGAGAUGAUGGCUCACAGUCUACAAAUGCACAUCCUACAUUGCUGGCACUUGGUAAUUCUGAUACUCCUAAUCAGUGUAGUGCUUGUGAACCACAUUGUUCACCUUCAGGACGAGUUGAAAACUUGAAAUCACCCAUAGUGGACAAACAUAUGGGAGUAAAUCAUAAUCAGGGUAUAGAGGACCUUCAAGACUUAAGGAAUGAGCCCACUGUCAGAAGUUGUGUACUUAACAGACCUACCUCAAGAAGGGGCAAAAAGAGAAGCCAGAAGACCAAACAUUUAGAAGAGACUAAGAGGAUAAAAAUAUCCAAGAUAGAUAGUUGUGAUAGCCGUGACCCACAGUGUAGACAAUAUGAUUUAUACGUUGAACGGCUCCGUCAAGAAAGAAUGGACAGAGAACUGGCACUAAAGCUACAAAGACAGUUUGACAAAGAAGGCCAGAAAGUAGAAAGGCAUAGGAUGAGUUCUGAUAAAUAUCUUCUACGAUCUUGGAUUUGUGUAGAUGGUAGAGCAGCUCGUAAUCCACGCAGGUCAGGAAGGAUUUCUAGGAAGAUAAAACACUUUAAUUAAAAGUCUUAAAUCAAGUUAUUGACAGGGGACAAAAGCAAACCGGUCUGACUUUAUCUGUAGGACAGAGAAUGCUGAUUUCUUUUGAUGUGGUCUUAGUGACUGGGACAACUACGCUUGUCAUUUCUUUUUUUUUCCCCCCAUAAUAUAUAUCUCAGAGAAUUGUACCAAAUAACAGCUCUUUUCUUAGAAGAAAAUAUUGCAGACUCUUUUGCCCUUACUAUUUUUCUCUUUAAUUUGGUACUGCCUAAUCAACAACCAGAAAGUUCCUGUAGGACUGUUCUUUUUGGGGCAUUAAAUAUAAAUAGUAUAAACAGCAAUGCAUUGCUUUUAUGUAGUGCAUUAUUGUUAUAAAUGUAAUAGUUUAUGUGAAAAAGGAAAUGCUGAUUAUUAGUUGUAAAUUUCUUACUUUAAUGGGCAAUUGGCCUCAUAUUUUUAAGUGCUCAGUUUGAAUAGACAAAGGCUUGAGUUUCUGCCCAAGAGCUUCCUACAGUGCCUGUCUCAAAUUAGAUUGAUUUGGAUAGCACUAUAAAAGCUUUACAUUACCCAACUUGCUACAUUUACUCUUAAAAAGUGUUCUUGCCUUAUUUUGCUUGGAAAGAUGCUUUUCUUUAUCGUUAAAUUAAUUUAUAUUCAGGUCCAUUAUUUUGCACAUUGUGCAUUUUUCAUGUCUUUUUCUUUCUGUUAGCAUCUGACAUGAUAAAUUUUAUCGUGUUGCAAAAGUUUUGGCCAGCUUGACCUUUAAUGAAAAACAUAUAUUGCACUAUAUGCUUGAAUAAGCAUACACAUAUUGCAUUUUAUCAUUGUAGACUUCUAAAAUGGUUAUCUUUUAAAAAAAAAAAAAAAAAAAUUGAAUCGCUGUAAG